AUGUGUGUGGAACAAUCAUUUGAGCUGGAGGAUUGGCUACCAAUCACAGCAUCAAGAAAUGCCAAUUGGUACUAUUCGGCUUUCCACAACGUGACAGCAAUAGUUGGUGCUGGAGUUCUCGGUCUUCCUUACGCCAUGGGACCUGGGGUUGUGGUGCUGAUCCUGUCAUGGGUCAUCACACUGUACACGCUGUGGCAAAUGAUCGAGAUGCACGAGAUGUUUGAAGGGAGACGGUUUGAUAGGUACCAUGAGUUGGGACAGGCAGCGUUUGGGAAAAAGCUAGGAUUGUACAUAGUGGUGCCGCUGCAACUGCUAGUGGAAACGAGUGUGUGCAUAGUGUAUAUGGUGACAGGAGGUAAAUCCCUGAAGAAUGUACACGACCUUGCUGUGGGAGAUAAGAAAUGCACAAAGAUGACCGUUCGACACUUCAUUUUGAUAUUUGCGUCGUCCCAGUUUGCGUUUUCCCUGCUUAACAACUUCAACUCCAUCUCUGGGGUCUCCUUGGUAGCUGCUGUCAUGUCAGUGAGCUAUUCCACAAUUGCAUGGGUAGCGUCAGCGAGGAAGGGUGCAACGGAGGAUGUGAAGCACGGGUAUAAGAAAAGAACAAACUCAGUGGCGUUAGAGUUUUUAAGCGCAUUAGGGGAGAUGGCAUUCGCGUACGCAGGUCACAACGUUGUAUUAGAAAUCCAGGCAACGAUCCCAUCGACACCAGAGAAACCAUCAAAAGGACCCAUGUGGAAGGGAGCCAUUGUAGCAUAUAUCAUCGUAGCUUUCUGCUACUUCCCCGUGGCUCUUGUAGGGUUCGGAACAUUUGGGAACGAUGUGAAAGAGAACAUCCUCGAGUCACUCAAAAAACCCAAGGCACUUGUCAUCGUGGCCAACAUGUUUGUCGUCCUACACCUCCUGGGAAGCUACCAGGUGUACGCAAUGCCCGUGUUUGACAUGAUCGAAUCCGUAAUGAUUAAGAAAUGGCACUUCACUCCUACAAGAGUUCUACGCUUUAGCAUCCGCUGGACUUUUGUUGAUCCCCUGCAUCAUGUGGUUGAUCCUCAAGAAACCAAAGAGAUUUGGUUUAUCUUGGUGUAUCAACUGGGUAGGCAGUCACAACUCUCUUGUGCUGUGCAUAGUUGCAUACUUCUUGGGGUUCUCCUGAUGAUCAUAGCACCCAUUGGCGGGCUCGCGAAACUAAUAUAUCAUAUUAAAGAGGGCAGUCUCGGGCUUUGUACUGAAUAUUAG